CGUCACAGGUCUGAAGUGUCCAACCCCCGAGGAGUCAAGAGAGGAAACACAAGGCUGAUAAAUGUGUAACAUUCCGGGGAAACGAUGGAAAACCCGGCCAACAACACCAAGCGCGCUGAAAGCACGGGAGACUGCGCCAUAUGCUUGGAGAAGAUCCAGAGGAAGAAAACGCUCAAGUGUCAGCACUCUUUCUGCUCGGAGUGCAUCGACUCGGUUUUCAGACUGAAGCCCGCAUGUCCGAUAUGCAACACCUUCCACGGAGUGUACACGGGAACUAUGCCGCAGGGGACGAUGACGGUGACCCCCAGCUCGAUGAAGCUGCCGGGCUUCGAGAACUGCCCUUCCCUCGUCAUCCAUUACAAUUUCCCAGCGGGGAUACAAGGGCCUGAGCACCCAAACCCUGGGGUGAGGUACAGCAGCACGUCUCGUGUUGCCUACCUGCCAGACUGCGCAGAGGGACAGAAAGUCCUGAGGCUGCUGAGGAAAGCAUUCGACAGAAGACUCACGUUUACCAUCGGCCGAUCGGCCACCACGGGCCUCAACAACGUCAUCACCUGGAACGACAUUCACCACAAGACCACCAUAGAUGGCGGCCCAGAGUGUUUUGGAUAUCCAGAUCCAGCGUACCUGUUCAGGGUUCAAGAGGAGCUUCGUCUCAAGGGCGUAACAGAAGAUGACUGAUGUUCUAAGACAUCCUUCAGACAGACUCAGUACUGCUCAUAAUAAUGCUCAUAAAAAUAACAAUAACGUUUCCAGUUGCAAGUCCGCACUUUUCCACAGCAAUCUUCACCCACAUAUAUUUGAAGAUGAGCUUUUUAUAAGAGCUGGUAAAACUGAAGGAGAAGUUUAGCUUUUCCAAAAAAAUUUUUUUUCCUGUUUUCUGUUUUAGUAGCUCAUCUACUUUAAGCCAAUAUAGAACAAGGGGGGUUAGUAUUGAUUAGAUUUUAGUAAUGUUACUUUGGCAUGUUCUAUAAAACACAUUUAUUGGCACCCUUGGUAAAGACGUGUACAAAUCCAGAAAAUUAUAAUUGUGUGUUCCCCAGAAAACAAGAAGUAAUGGAUUAUAAAUAAAUCUAAAUCCUAAAAAGGAAAGUAUCCAUUAAAUAUAAACAAAACUGGUGUUUACACUUAGCAGUUGGAAAAAAAUAAGUUUUCAGGUUAGGGUUGAUUGUUGUUGUGAGUGAGAGUGUGUGAAAUUAUGCUUCUGGAAUUUCAGAUCAGUUUAUUAGAAGGACUUCUACAUAUUUUUUUUUCAAGGAUGCCAAUAAAAGUAGGGGGAGCUGUGUUUAUCACAGUUUAUUUCAAGCUUUCCUUUGCACUGGGUGAAAACAUUAUAGGAAUGGCAGUGUGAUAAACAAUCUGCUGAUGAUACUGUAUGUGAUAUAGUUUUGGUUGACAAUCAGUCCUGUGUAUCAAAAGCCCUGAUGAUAUGUUGUGAUUUUUUUCCCCCCCAACUCCGUCAUUGUUUUAAAGAACACGUGAACACUUUUUUUUUAAUGGAAAUACAUUUUGAACUAUCAUUUCCCAUAAAAUAUGCUUAUCUAAAUUCAAAAUGUAUCUUUAAAUGAGCUACCGUUACAAACCAAUAGCAUGUUCUUUGAAAAGAAUUUAAAGAAUGACAAUGAAUGGCUUAGGGCUGGAAAAAAAUGUAAAUUCUGUGUUUUUUGUUUUUUUUACAAUAACAGUUAUGUGUAAUAUCUUUAGUUAUCUUUUGCUAUAAUGCACAUUAAUUGAUUUUGUGCUAUAUGCAAUAUCAGAAGUCUGUGCCUUAAGAAAUAUGUAACAAAACAAUGGGUAAUUUGAUUUGAAAUCACCAUCUGUU